UAACGCAGCCCUAGUUUUUUGUUGAGGGAAAAUGUAUCGUCUUCGCCCACAGUCUUUCUCCAGGAUAGCUUUUAAUUCCUUUCUCUCUACCGUGCCACGGGAAGAUUGUCAAUUUAUGAGACAGUUUAAUAAAAACUGGUCGUGUAUCGGCUGAUUUUUGGUCAUAUUUUCAUACUUAUCUGCACGAAAAUGCCAAGGUCCAAGAAGAGGAGUUCUAGGGGGGGGCAGCAUGGAGCUGUGCAACCUUUCAGCGAUGAGGAUGCCUCCAUCGAGACCCUCAGCCACUGCAGCAGCUUCAGUGACGCCAUGAGUGUGGCAGACGAAGGGGGGGAGGCAGGCGAGGAGGCAGCCCAGGAGGAUUUCCAGUACAAGCUGAAGGUUUUCAUUGACAGCACCGUGGAUAAGAGUGCCAAGACUAGACAAGGAGCCCUGGAUGGGCUGAAGGCUGCCAUGGCAACCAGGAUCCUGUACGAGUUUAUUUCGGACAGGAGGAUGACCAUCACCGACAGCAUUGAGCGCUGUCUCAAGAAAGGUAAAGGACAGGAGCAGCGUGCGGCAGCCUCCCUGGCCUGUCUGCUGUGUAUUCAGCUGGGCUCAGGCAUCGAGAGCGAGGAGGUGUUCAAGACUCUCAAACCCAUCUUCAAGAACAUUCUUCUGGAUGGAACAGCCAACAUCCAAGCCAGACAAGCUUGUGCAACAAGUUUGGGCCUGUGCACUCUCGUGGUGGAAGAUGACAUCCUGGAUGUGUAUGCCACCAUGGAGAGCUUUGAGAUUUUGUUCAUGCGUUCUUAUGUGAAGGAGGAUGGGAGUCGCCCCUCUCUCAACCCCCAGACCACCCUGCUCCACACCAAUGCCCUCCUCUCCUGGGCCCUGCUACUCACAAUCUGCACAGCCAGCCAGGUCAAAGCAGUCACACAUAAGCACCUGCCCAAACUACCCCGGUUGUUGGAGAACGAUGACGUCAACAUGAGGAUAGCAGCGGGAGAGACCAUCGCUCUGCUGUUUGAGCUGGCUAGGGACAAGGACCCUGAGUUUGAGUAUGAUGACUGGGAGCCCCUGUGUGACAAGCUGAACUCUCUGGCCACCGACUGCAACAAACACCGUGCCAAGACUGACAAGAGGAAGCAGAGGUCGGUGUUCAGGGACGUGCUCAAGGCUGUGGAGGAAGGGGACUUUCAGAUUGAGACAAUCCGCUUCAGCACUGAGCGUAUGACCAUCGACAGCUGGGUGAGGAAGAGGACUUACGACGCCUUCAGGGAGUUUGUGGGCUCUGGCAUGAACUACCACCUACAGGCUAAUGAGUUUAUCCGUGAUGUGUUUGAACUGGGACCACCCAUGCUGGUUGACGCGGCCACACUAAAGUCCAUGAAAAUCUCCCGCUUCGAAAGGCAUCUCUACAACGCAGCUGCAUUCAAGGCUCGGACAAAGGCCAGGAACAAGUUCAGAGACAAGAGGAUUGACGUUGGGGAGUUUUGAUGUGAUUUAAUGGUCCAACCUGCUCUUUUAUAAACCAUCAAUUUAACCAUCUUGAAUAUCACGGUUGUUACUAUCCUUCAUUUAUCCAACAAGUGGUUGGUAUUUGUAAAUAUUAUUAUUUAUUUUGUCAUUUAGCAGAUGCUCUUAUCCAGAUAAUAAAAUGUCUCAAGUGAUGCCCUAUUCCCCAUAUAGGCUUGCCAGUGCACAAAUUUUAGCCAGUGUGUGUAUGUAGGGAAUAAAGUGUCAUGUGAGAUGCAGACUUUGUU